AUGUCAGCCAAUACCAAUAUGAUUUCAACCGAUCCCACAACACAGUAUGGAGUAAGGUCUUCUCGUCGAAGCCACCGGCAGCCGAGACACUCCGCCGUUGCUGCCUCCCCCGCCACCUCCACCUCCGCCACCUCUUCCUCCACCACGACCAAUCCCACCAUCCAUAAUUCCACUGAAGUCAUCCGCCAGGCUUCAUCCAACGAGACCGAUACUACAACCGAGGAGGUGGAUGCAUAUAUGACUAUGAUCAAUGAAGCCGCCCGGAAAAUCGAUCUUACCCAGCACUCCGCCUGCCCUUGCCACCGCGUCUUGAACUAUCAGCUUCAGGGAGACGGAAUGCUGCAUGUUCCUAUCGGAGCCGGCUCCAGAUCUGGGUAUCAACCUACAGCAUCGAAGAGGUGCACUUGCGGUCAAGCGCUAGGGGCGGCGUACCAGAACUCUCAUGGCAAUACUCAAGGGUAGCCCUAGCUUCGGCUCGUGCACUGUGGUGAUACUGCUUAGACAAAUUGUCUCUUAGGUACUCUUAUGACUGGCACUUGCUUGGUAGGACUUGAGGUUUGUGAAGGAUCUACGAAGGGAAUCGAUAAAUGCAAUUCUACUGGCAGAGUUGCAUUUCUAACUAGAUUUAUGUUUAAGAAAUGGGGUU